AUGAACCAAACUGGGAAAGAUAACAUCAUGAAGAAGUUCGAAGAGACAUUUAAGAGGGGAUAUAACAAAUGGAACCCUUUUAAGAAUAGGUAUGAUUCGUAUUGUGUUGGAGCACUUGAUGGAACUCAUAUCCCGGUUCGCCUUCCAAGUCGAUCUGCAGAAGCAUAUAAAGGUGUACCUGGUAGAGCACAUGAUACAAAGGUCUUGACUCAUUGUGCGAGGUAUGAACCUUUUUUCCCACAUCCGCCAAGUGGGAAGCUUGACAUGGCUGCAAAGCUUGGUCACCGAGAACUCUUCUCCAAGAUUAUUGAGCUCCGACCGUCCCUCCUCUAUUCCCGCAACGCACACGGAGACACACCUUUGCAUCUUGCUGCUCUUCUUGGAGACGUAGACAUAGUUACGCAGAUGUUAAACACUGGAUUGGAACUGUGUUCGGCACGCAACAACAAAAACCAAACACCUCUCCACUUAGCUUGCCUUGGCAUUUUCAUGGUGGCUGCUACACUCAUAGUGGAAAAGACGUUUUCAGUCGACCUCGAUGAACUCAAUUUCGCCAUAUCAAGUGGAGCUACUUUUUAUCCUAGAAGCAUAAACACUUCUUUGGUUGCUGACUGA